UUGUUUCCUUUCUUAUUCUCUUUGUUCUGCCGGGCGGUCUCGGAGCAGAUUCGUUAUUCGAUUCCUGAGGAAAUGUCCAAAGGUUCCCUUGUGGGGAAUCUCGCUAAGGAUUUGGGGUUGGAUGUCAGAGAACUGCCGCAGCGGAAGCUCCGUGUCAGUUCGGAAAAGCAAUACUUCAGUGUGAAUGGGGAAAAUGGCAACCUGUAUGUAAAUGACAGGAUAGACCGGGAGGAGAUAUGCGGGGAGACACCCCUUUGUGUCCUGGCAUUCGAAACGGUGGUUAAAAAUCCUUUAAAUAUUUACCUCGUGAAUGUCGCAAUCCAGGACAUUAAUGAUAAUGCCCCGUGGUUCAUAAAGAGUGACAUUGAUCUAGAAAUCAGCGAAUCAGCACUGCCGGGUGCGAGAUUUCGACUAGAAUCUGCGCAAGAUCCGGAUUCUGGGAUCAACUCACUGCAGAAUUACCAACUCAAUAAAAACCCCUCCUUUACCCUGGCAGUGAAAGAGAGCCCAGAUGGCAAAAAGCAAGCAGAAUUAGUCUUAGAAAAGUCUUUGGAUCGGGAGGAGGAAAGUUCCCACCAGUUAAUCCUGACAGCUCUGGAUGGGGGAGAUCCAGUCAGAUCUGGGACAGCUAAAGUUAGGAUUAAAAUUACUGAUGCCAAUGACAACCCCCCUGUAUUCACUGAACAGAUCUACAAAGUCAGCCUGAGGGAAAAUCUACCAAAGGGCUCCUUAGUGUUUCAAGUGAAAGCCAGUGACAAAGACGAAGGUUUAAAUGGCCAUAUAUCAUACUUUUUCGACAGCAUACCGGAAAUCACCCGCAAAUUAUUCCAUUUAGACCCUGAGAAUGGAGAAAUUACAAAUACAGCGAUCCUGGAUUUUGAAGAGAAAAAUGAAUACAUCAUGGAAUUGGAAGCCAGGGAUGGGGGUGGGCUGACCGAUCACUGCAAAGUUCAUAUAGAAGUACUGGAUGAGAACGACAACGCCCCGGAAGUGACGAUUUUAUCAGUAUCCAGUCCUUUUCCCGAAGACUCACCGCCAGGAACAGUGAUAGUUCUGAUCAAAGCUCUUGAUCCAGAUGCCGGACAAAAUGGAGAACUUAGUUGUAGUAUUCAACACAACUUGCCUUUUAAAAUAAUAUCAUCUUCUAUUAACUACUACAAGCUCCUCACAGACAGCACCCUGGACAGGGAGAGAACUUCGGAGUACAAUAUCACAAUCACAGCCACAGACAAAGGCUCUCCCCCUCUCUCCACCCAGAAAACCAUCCUGUUGCAGAUCUCGGAUAUCAAUGACAACGCCCCUGUCUUUCAAAAACCUUCCUACACCGCCUAUGUGCCAGAGAACAAUCCCUCGGGGGGCUCUAUUUUCAGUGUAGCAGCCUCAGACCGGGAUCUGGACCGGAACGCCCGACUCACUUACUCCAUCCUGAGCAGCAACCUCCAGGAGCUGCCUCUCUCCUCCUACAUCUCCAUUAACUCCCAGACCGGAGCUAUCUAUGCCCAGCGCUCCUUCGACUACGAGCAAUUCCGGGAGUUUGAAGUGCAAGUGAAGGCCCAAGACGGCGGGUCCCGGCCUCUCAGCAGCAAUGUCACCGCCAGGGUGUUUAUUCUGGAUCAGAAUGAUAACGCCCCUCGCAUCCUGUACCCUUCCCUCGGAGCCGAUGGCUCCGCCUUGUUCGAGAUGAUCCCUCGCUCGGCCGAGGCAGGUUAUCUGGUGACUAAGGUGGUGGCGGUGGAUGUUGACUCAGGACACAAUGCCUGGCUCUCCUACCAUCUGCUCCAGGCCACGGAACCGACGCUCUUCAGCAUGGGGCUGCAUACCGGGGAGAUCCGGACAGCCCGCGCCUUUGCGGACAGAGAUGCUGUGAAGCACAGGCUGGUCACCCGGGUGAAGGAUAACGGGCAGCCGCCUCUCUCCGCCACAGUGACUCUCAACCUGGUGUUUGCUGAGAACUUCCAAGAGGCUCUUCCGGAAAUGAGUGACCAAUCGGGUGACUCGGCACCUCAGUCUGAUUUACAGUUUUACUUGGUGUUGGCUUUAGCCUUCAUCUCAUUUUUAUUUCUAAUUACAAUUAUAGUGGUGAUAGCCAUGAAAGUUAGAAGUUCAAAAAGCUCCUCUAUUCAGUAUGUCAGGCCUGCGCUUUAUUCCAAGGCUGAUCCCAGAUUCCUACCAGAUUACGAAAACGGGACCUUGCCGUAUUCCUAUAAUUUGUGUUUGGCUACAGACUGUGGGCAAAAUGGAUUUAACUUGCUUAAAAGUAGCGACCAGAACAUUACAGCUGAGAAUAUCCUUUGCAAUGACAACUCUGGGAUUUUAGUUGUGAAUAAUUCUGGUUCUGAAGCACCCAAAUCCGCGUCCGAAACUCUUCUCAAGGUGAGUUUUUGCAUUAAUGCGUUAUUUAAUUUACUGGGUCCUGGCUGUAGCGCUAAUCUGCUUUCACCCCCUAGUAACAGUUUCAGUGGCUUUAAUCAUGAAAUUCCGAAGAUCAAAGAAUUCCCCUGUUCUUCAAUAAAUCAGUUCUAAUCUUUAUUCCAUCAUGGCAGAUCCCCGAUUUCUACCAAACUGCGAUGAUGGGACUUUGCCAUAUUCUUAUAAACUGUGUUGUGCUAAGGACGCUGGGAAGAAUGAAUUAAACUUUCUGAUAACUAAUGGGCAGAGUAAUACAGGCGAGAAUAUCUUUUGUAAUGACAACGCUGCGAUUUUAAUUUUACGCAGUAAUUUUAGUUUAGAGGGCUCAACAUUUGACACCCGAAGGCUUCCACCGGUGAAUUUUUUCACUGACAUAUUCGAGGUGAAGUCUACACUUUGAUUUUUAAGUGAGCACAUUGUCGUGUGAUAUUUAUGAAAUUUAUAGAGUCGUUUAUAUUGCGAUCUUUUCAGAGUAAUUCUUUUUUUCCCUUGUGUGCAAUUGUUGUUAUCAGGUGCUCCAAGUUUUAGUACCAAAGGAUUGUCGGCACCUGCUGUUUAGUGGCAGAUUUGUAGAAGCAAAAAUUGUUUGUUCUAUUCUAUGCUAUAUAGAUUCGUAUCUUUCCCUUAUCUGUGCAGUAUCAGACCAACUUCCAAUAGUGCAUUAAGUAUCUGUCACCUCUUUCUUAUCAUCUUUCCAUGGGGAGAAUUGCGUGUUUGUGUUUUGGCAGGGUUUUGAUUUUGACUGCGAUGUGACUGUGCAUCAAUGAGUUAAAUUUUCCAGCCAUAAUUUACCUGCCUGGAAUUUAUGGCAUGCUGUAAAUAUAUUCCAAUUCUUCUAAUAUCGUCUUCUAAUGAGACUUUUCGGACAUUUAAGGAGAUACUUAUUCAAAUAAUUAUUAAAUGAGUCAUUUUUCCAUUCAAUUUCACAAUGAGUUAACGUUCUUAAUCAUUAGGGAACAUCAAUACCAUUUAAAAUCAAAGCGUGUAACAGAACGCGGUGUUAAAUUUAAUCAUUUGUCAUCAACCAACUAAUUUAUUAUGACUUCUGAAGAAUCGUGAUCUAUGAAUUUGCAAAGUUUGUUUAAACUAAUUGAUUAGGACAUAUCUAAGUCAAUUAAAAAAACGCAUUUCCUCCAGCAUAAAAGUUAUGGUAGCUAAAGAGGAAUGAUGAGAAAAGGACCGAAUAUGGUCACCUCUACAUGAGGAUUCUAUAGUCCAUCAUACACUGAGAUAGUUUUUCAUUUCUCGGAUUUAACGCCCUCUUAGUAUCCUUCCCUGUCUGUAUC